CCUCCCCGGGGCGGUGACGCGCAGAAGCGGCGGGGAGCGCGGUGGCGGCUCCGGCGCGAUGGAGGGCGGCAGCGGCGGCGCGUACGGGGCGGCCAAGGCCGGCGGCGCUUUCGACCUGGGCCGCUUCGUGCAGCAGCCGCAGGUCCUGGCGCGGAUCGCCAGCGCGGUCUUCGCCCUGAUCGUCUUUGCCUGCCUGGUCGGGGAGGGCUACACCAACCUGCCCAAAUCCUCCCAGCUCUUCUGCAUCUUCAACCACAACGAGGACGCCUGCCGCUACGGCAUCGGCAUCGGCAUCCUCGCCUUCCUUGCCUGCAUCUUCUUCUUCAUGGUGGAUAUCUACUUCCCCCAGAUCAGCAACGCCACCGACCGCAAGUACCUGGUCCUGGCAGACCUCGGCUUCUCAGGUCUCUGGACGUUCCUGUGGUUCAUUGGCUUUUGUUUCUUGACCAACCAGUGGUCCUGGACGCGGGCCGAGGACGUGCGUGUUGGGGCUGACUCGGCCCGUGCCGCCAUCACCUUCAGCUUCUUCUCCAUCUUCUCCUGGGUGAGUGAAGCCGCGGUGGAGCCCGGCCCUGCCCCGCUCGGGAGGGAGCGCGGAGGUGCUCCCCAGGCCGUGCAGCCCAUGGCAGCCGCGACGCCGCCAUCCCUCUUGUCUCUCCAGGGCCUCCUGAUCGCCUUCGCUUACAAGAGGUACAAGAUGGGGGUGGAAGACUUUGGUCACAGCUACAUCGACCCCACCCCGGAGGUUCCGACUCCCUACUCCAGCUACCCCAACAUCAGCCACGACAGCUACCAGCAGCCGCCCUUCACCCACGCGGCAGAAGCCCCGGAGGGUUACCAGCCCCCGCCGGUGUACUGAGCCCCUGCCUGGUGGCCUGACAGGGACGGCCGUACCAGUGCAAUUCUCUUCUGUGGGGUGGGAGGGGAGGGACCUGCGACUUGAAGGGGGAAUGUGGGCGGGAGGGUGGCGGCUGCUUUGUGUGAAGGCCACCGGGUGCUGGGGCGCAGGAGGGGCCUGGUCCUGCUGCUGGAGCUGAGCUCUCCGCUGCUGGGAUCCAGAGCCUGGUGUGUAGCGGGUGAUUCACAAGUGCCAAGCGGCUCUGGGGAGGGUGGGGGUGUGCGGCUGUCCCCAGCGAGGCUGAGCGCCUGCCCUCGCUGCUCUGCCCUUGGGGAAGUGGCUGCAGGAGGAAGCAGCGGGGUGGAUGUGUGGUUUGCACCCCCCAGCUCUGGCCCGGCCGUGCCCUUGUGACUGCUGCCCUGGCCCGUCCCAGUGCCUUUCCAGCCCCACCGGCUGCGACCCAAGUGCCGGCUCUCGCUGUCGCAGCACAGCCGGGCGGUCCAGCUCCUGCCUGACGCCGGCUUCCCGUGCCUUCCCCCCCUCGGCUGCUGCUGGGUGAGCUUGAUGCCAAAGCCCUGUCUUCUUUUGACUCUAAAUUCCCACGCCGUGCCUUCUCACAGCUUGCACUAGAGCUGCCGGUGCUUGGGUGACGCGGUUUGGGAUCCACGGGCACAGCGAGUGCUGGGGUUGCUCAGCAGGGCCAUGGCUGCUUCAGCUGUCCGAGGAAGGUCCUGCAGUGCUUUCCCUGCUGCCUCGGUACUCGUCCCCCCUCGCUCUCCUCCUGCCAAGCACUGCCUCUGCAGAAGCGAGGCCGCUGCCCCGUGUCCUGCCCGCUGCCGCCUCGGCAGUGCCGCGCUCCCGGCUGCCAUGCAGGCUGGCUGUCUCAGGUUGUUUUUCUGCUGCACCUGUUGUGAAGCUGUUCCCAGCAGCAGCGUGCGGUGUGCGAGCUGUUGCUGCUGGGGCUGGUGUUCAAAUAGUUCUUGGUUUGUCACUGUAGAGAUGGAAUAAACUUUUUCACCUAGCCA